UUUUGGGGCCUGAAGAUAUGCACUGAGGAUCAAAGCUGCUUGAAUAUCAGGAAUGUAUGGGUGCUGUUAAAACACAAACCAUUUGGAAAACUAUUUUGAGUGUGUAACUAGAAGGGGUUUUUUUUGAUCAGCAAACUUAAUGUUGCUGUCUCAGCAUUUUAAGCUGUAAUUAAGCUAUGCCACAGGAUGUGUAUGGCACACUGCUUCUGAUAACUGCAUGUCAGAAGCAACCUUGUUAUCUUGUCAGGACAGACCUGUCAUGUGGCUGUAACACUGACAAAUACAAAUCUGGAGUGUGGCAGAUGCUUUGCCAGCCAUGCAGUUGCCUCUGAAGGAAACUUGGUCUUAACCCUAGAAACCCACUUCUUCUGUAUGAACUGUAUGAUGGGCAGUGACAGCGUAAACCUGUUCCAUUUGCUGUUCUACUGACAAGAUCUGCCUACUUUUGAGAUUGUGUUGCUGUGACUGGGAAACUUCCUAGACUGCUGCUCUCCCCUCUCUUCAUCUUACUGUCAUCUGUAAAAUGUUAACUUUGGUGUGGUUUAGCUCAGUGUAAAGCUCUAAAAAUGAUUCUUAAAUGUAAAGUACUGUCACACAUGUAGAAACUUAACAGCUCUGACUGGAACAGCAGUUAGGUAUCAGGUAUUGUCCUAGUGUUUCUAACAGCUAAGUUGUUGGAAGACUGUACCUACUGAGCCACAGAAAAGCCUUUUUUAGCUGCCUUUCUUCCUUUUUAGUUCUCAUCAUAAGAUUAGUAAGUGUUAGGAAGAGAAGGUUUGAAGACUUCUCCUAAACAGCUCCCUGCUUCUAAAAUAUCCUCUGGCCAAGCCUCAGCUUGUGUAAGGUAACCUGACUUUAUCAGAAGGAGGUGGCAUUAACUGGAGUUAAUGAAGAAUAGCAGUGAUCUCACUUUUUUUUGGAAGUGAAGCCUGAGCACUCCUGUAUUGUAAAGGUUUUAACUCCUUGUGGCUGGGUAGUAUGGGUGCUCUACACACUUGUGUGCCAGUGGCAGAAUUGCAGUUGUGAUUUCCCCAGAGGGAUCUCCCCUCAUGUCCCAUUGGAUGCUCUUGUGAUGAGUAUGCAUCAUUCCUCAAAAUUAAUCUUAUUGGUACAGGAAAAGACAUUUUUCACAAUUAGUAGCAUGUAGUGCAAGCUGCUGUUACUUUCUCUUUAAAAGUCUUAACAUGGAGGAUUUAGUGGUGACUGCCUAGUAUUUUUCUUCUAUUUUCCUUUGUUCUGCCCUAUUUCACUUACUUCAGGUGAACUAGGACAAUAGAAAGUACACUUCCCAUAUUCCCCCCUCAGUCCCCCAAAACCAAAGCUUAACCUCAAAACAGAACUGCUUGAGGAUUCUGGUAACCUUGGGUGAUCUGUGGUAGUUUUGCAUUUGAAGCCUUUUCCUACUGUUUUGGCUUCUGUGGUAGAGUAUUUCUUCUCAGAAAUAUGCCUCCAGCCAUUAGUGAUGGCAAACUUAGCAGAAUCAGAAAAACUUGAUAUGGCAACUUGAAUUGAAUUUGUCUCUUAGUAGCCUUCUGCAAUUUUGGCUACCUUUUUGUCCUUUACUUGCAGCUUCUGAAUCUCAUUUUAAAAUGAAAUUCUGAGUAGAAGCUGGUAUUAGGCAAAUUAAAAAAGAAGAAAGAAAACCCCAUUUAUUUUUGGGCAAUAGUUUAUAGCUGUUUUCACAGCUCAGUUGCUGUAAGCACUGAGGUGGGUUAUUUGCAGUUCCUACUGACUAAUCUUGCUAAUGAGUAAAUAUGCUUAGAUGCUUGCUUUGAUAGCAAGUGUGGUGGGAAGGGAUAUGGCACUAGAAGUGUCACUAAGAAUAUAUGGAUGGUGUUAGCAAUCCCUUUUGAAGAUCAGGAACUUACCACUUUUACAGUAAGAUAUUAACUGUAAAAAUGGAGUCAGUGCUGCUUCUGGUAUGCUUGUGGGCUUUUUUAGCUUGGGUGUGCUUUAAGAGAAAGGUGAGUCUGAAAGCAAGCUGUAAUCUCCUUUAGAUCUGUUUAAGAGGAUCUACAGAAUGCAGUAUUUAUCUUGUCAAGAAGCUUAAUCUUGAUUUUUUAAUCAGUUUCUGGUGGGAAAAGCAGUGUGGUUGCAGUACCGUGUUUAGAAACCAAAGGCUUCUCUGGUAGGUACGUCUUAGUGUAGCCACAACAUGCAAAUGUUAAGGAUAGAAUUAAGGCUGCAGGAGAGCUUUAGCUAAAACCAGAAAAACAGAAGCAUGAGCUAGCAACAACACUGUAGCUUUGUGCCACAAUGCUGCAGGUGUUUGACACAACUAUCCAAAACUAACAAAGCGCUGCCAUCCCACUUAGUGUCAUGCACCAAUAACUGGCUAUUUGUGCCACACUAAAUCUGCACAGAGGCUUAAUAACUGACUUUAUAUAGGGUGCUGGCUCCAGGCUCCCUGAGUGGGAAGGAGAAGAGGAUAUGCCAGAGAGGGAAUGACUUGUAUCUCUCUGAGAAGUGGAGUUGAAGUGCUUUGAGAAAGGGUCCUUAAAUUUUAUCUAGUUGUUCUUCUAAGAAAAGCUGGAUGUUCAUGGAAUAGUCUUUCCAAACAUAUGUAGGUGUAUUUUCUCUUACAACACUUAGCAUUAACUAUGGUGUGGUUCAAAGAUGUGAGGAGCUUUUCAAAUAGAAGCUAGAGAGGGCUUCUUGAUGCAGCUUGAUUAUCUUGACAGUAUUAAUGUAACAUUGUAUUAAUAUCAUAUUAAUUUCUGUGCCUAGAGAAGGGCAUUCUGUCCCAGAGUUUAAACUGAUGUAAAUCCUUCAAAUUUUUAAUCAAACAAAGCAUUCAGAAUUUUAAAGUAAAAACCCAUGGAUUUGGCCAAGGAAGAUAUUUUAGAAGAAUCUGUGAGUUGCUGUGUUGCACUAAAGUUUGGACUUGAAAUUGUUUAAUAAGGGCAAAUCAGUCCUGGAGGGCCUAGUUCUCAAUCUCCAACACUUCCUACCUUGCCAUAUCAAAGCAAAAUCACAUGAGACACAGGAGAGCCUAACCUAGCUAGAAGUAGCUUUCUAGUGUAAACAGAGUGAGUGUUCAUGUAAAACAUCCUGACUCAAGGACAAGUUCUGCAACUUCUGUUUAUAUCUGCUACUGUUAACAUCUUGGUUGUCUUAAAGAGCUCUUCUGGUUAGUUAAUACAAGUUAAUACAAGUGACCCUCAUAGACUGGAAGGAUGAGUCUCCUAAUAUUCUUCAUUGUUUGUAAAGUUAGGAGCAAGACUUGUAGAAGAGAAGAUGAUCUCCCAGUUGUUAAACCUGUCCUUUUUGUAAAGGAUUCAUGUGAAUUUUCUUCUAGAAGGAACUGUCAUGACUAAGCUGAGUUGACUUGCUAGAGCAGAGCUGUCAUACACAAAGUGAUCAGCACAUUCUUCCUGGCCAGCUCUGCACCUUGAGCUCCAUGUAUGCCUCUGACUGGCAUCUGCUGCAGAAAUUCCUAUGUUCUAGAAGCAUCAGCUGUGGGGGAGUUGUCACUGACUGAAGUCACCCACUCAUGGGGUGUAUAUGGGCCUGCAAGGUUCUUCCCAGUGUCUGCUGAGAAAUAAGACUGAAGGAGACUUGAGUCUGAUUUUUGUCUAGUUUAACAUCAGGAUUUUUCCAAAAGGUGUAGUAAAAAUGCUGCUAUUGCUUGCAUUAAGGAGUAAUUGUGGUGUUAAGCACAAGUGUCCAGAACAGUAAAUAAGAAUUGAAGCACUAUGCAGCUCUUCACAAGGACAAUAAAUGCCUACCUCUCAUAACUCUGAACUACUCUGUUCAUGCUUUGUUCAGAAAAAGCAUCUUCCUGGAGCUGGACUUUCUGGUCUAGCUGUACUCCUCCACAUCCCAACAGGAAUGGCAAGAGCCUCAUAUAUAACCUAGCAAGAGAAAGCCUUGUCUCAAGACAGAAAGUCGGUGCUCUUGAAGAGCCCUGCUUCUCCCUCAAAUAGGCACUUGCUCACCUGCAUGUGUUUUUUGGGUCAAACUGAGACCACUGCAGUCCAUCUUUGUUAAAAAGGGGGUGGAGAAAUAUGUUCUCUUACAGUCCAGACAGAUGUAAGCUCUUUGUUACCCAGACCUAACAUUGAGCUCCUGCUUUCAAACUUGUUUCUCAAGACUGCUUGCAAAGCUCUGUGCCUUGUUAGCUAUUAUGCUGAGGUCUAAAAAGAUCUUUGCCAAAAGAUCCUAGUGAUAGAGAGGAUGGUGAUGUUUAAUAAAAGGGUUUAUACCUUAUAUAGCUGAUGCUGUCUACUCACUUGAAGUCUGGCAGAGGGGUAGCAUUUGCAACGGUAGUUUCCAGUAUUAAAAGCAAUUUGCUAGGUGAGAGUAUCUGUUCAGUACCAAUGUAAAGUUAUGUGUUCAACUGCCGUAGAGAAAGUGUGAGGAGGUUGUCAUUGCUGGUAGUAGUUGGGCAAGCUGCUUAAUGUGGACUUGCAGUGUCUGCAUGAGAAACAAGCUAACUCAUCUUUUAUACUGCUGCUGUACUGUUGUGGCUAGAACAAAGUGUGCUGCAGUUCAGACAUGCCCUGAGGAAAAUGAACUACAUGAAAGUCACUCUUAAUCACCCUCAGCUGAUCACCCUGUGUUGAAUAAACAUUGCAGAACCAAGAUGAUCAUGACAAAUCAUGCAGCUUUCUGGCUGCAGUGGGCACAUAGCUCUGCUGAGAGACUGUAGUGUGGUUAAUUUUGUUUUGAUUCUCUUGGUUAAAGCUGGGUCUGCAGCACUUAGCUUGUACUGUACCUGAUGCAACCAUUUACUACAGGGCUGGAAAUGGAGAGUGUGUGCGAGUCAGUUCUGUGACCCUACUGACACUCCAGCAUGCUGAAGUUCUCUCUAGCAGCUGUGUCCUUGCUGAAAUGGUUGUGUGGCAGUGUGCAUGGCUCUGCCAUUCCAUCAGACAUCAUCAAGAAAUUACCUCAGUCUCCACCCUGAGUUCUGUUGGUAAAGAUACUGUACUGCAAUUGUUUUGACUCUUUCAUGCUGAAAUGAGGGUGAGAAUCCAAGUGCAGUAGAUAAUGCAAUACCCUUAUGGUUCUGGCUCAAAGGCUGACUUCUACUGGGGAGCUUGUAUGAAAAUGCAAUGAGAAUCUGCAACAGCAUGGUGAGGAAGAGCCUUUCCUGGAAAGGAGUUUGAACAUGCAGCAAGCCUGAUAGUGAGGACAGAAAAAUCUCCUUGAAGAGUCACCAUCUGAAACAGUGACCAUGUCUAUUAUGGAUCACAGCCCCACCACUGGAGUGGUGACUGUGAUUGUUAUUUUGAUCGCCAUCGCGGCUCUCGGUGCCUUGAUACUGGGCUGCUGGUGUUACUUGCGUCUGCAGAGGAUCAGCCAGUCUGAAGAUGAGGAAAGCAUUGUGGGGGAAGGAGAAACCAAAGAGCCCUUUCUUCUGGUGCAGUACUCUGCUAAAGGACCCUGUGUAGAGCGGAAAGCAAAGCUAACUCCCAAUGGCACAGAAGUACACAGCUAACUUGGAGCAACACGUGGAUAUGGACUAUGCUUACGAUGUGUGCAACCAGUAGAACAAUCUCUAUACUGUGAAGAACCUGGUCAUAUGCACACUACUUGUCAGAAAACACCCCAAUGAGGAUUAAAUAAGCUUUUUUUUUUUUUUGCAACUGCAUGCACUGAGAAGUUGCACUUUGCAUCAGCUGUGCAUCCUGAUUCCCCUAUGACAGGAGCUGACUCACCUGGCCUAACGUCCAUUGCUGGCAAUGGACACAGGGAUAUAUUGGUGUGAAGAGACUACUAGUGUGUUUUGUUACUUGAAUGUUUAGCUGAGCCUGUUUUGAUGGAGCUACUACUGUAAUGUGAACUACUUUACAACUGUGAACUGUAAAUAAACUGCCAGAAGCUUUUUGCUUUGUUCUACAGCAUAUGGAAAAAAUGAUUCAACUGUACAUACCACACAAGGAGGCUCCUGAACCACAACUGUAGAUGGGAUUCCAGACCUUCAAAACCCUACCUGCAGUUGAAGCUUGCUUCUGCUCUUGAGUGCACAGCUACAGUCAGAACUCCUACUCUUAAACUGUUUAUGGGACUGGGGCAGGAUACUUCCUCUGAAAGGAAGGUACAUACCUUGAGGAACAUGUUGAGCAAGGAUAUGCAAGAGCUACAAGAAAGGAAGUGCUUUCCUUUAGUUGCCACUAGGUAGGUUUAGCUUUUGGCUGCUAGAACUGAGUUCUCUAACUAUGUAGCUACUGCAAGGAAACUGCCAUUUUGAUGGAUUCCAACCUGGGAACUAAUGAUGGAUGCUGAAGGUCCAGAAGGUUUCCAGGAGUUUGAAAUGGCAGUAGAGCAGAUGUUUCUCUUCUGUGGCUCUGCAUGCUGAAACUGCAGAAGUGGUUACUUAUUAAAACUGGCAUAGGUGCCACCAGUAUGAUUUUUUGUUUUCCUUGAACCUCUGUGUAUUUAGCAGUUAGGGUAUGUGUUAACAGCCUGUUGUAAAAAGGCAUUUUGGUGUACAGUCAGCUAUAGAAUUCAGUUAAUGUAUCUUGUAGAUAACUCUCUUGCUUUAACUGUACCACAAGAUAAGUUUUGGUCUUUCCUACAAAAAUAAAUGUAGAUAUGGAGAUGGGAGGUUGCUGGUUAGUUUGUACAAGGUUUUAGCUAACAAUAGUAAAGCCCUUACUUGGAGGGACAUCCCUUCCACCUCCUGCUCUGUGCUACAGUUCAGCUGUAGCAACUGUAAAAAAGUGUGUUAAACAGGGAGUUCUGGACCUCUAAAGGUUUGGUCGUGGGAGAGGGGGCAGAAAGGGGAGGAGAAGGAAAAACACUGAGCCACCAAGGGCAGCAUACAUAUUCUAAACCUCUUACAGUAGGCACACAUGCUUUGAGGCCACUGACCUCUUUCCUAUCACUUUAGCUUUGUCUGCUGAAAUUUUAAAAUACUGAAUUGCCUAGCAGAAAAAAAAGCUACUGUAAAUCUUUUUCCCUGAGAUACGUUACAAAUAAUGAAGUCCAAGUUCUUAAGCUCUAUAAGAAGCAUUAGACUUGCUUCUUGUACCUGUACAUAUGGAAUAACUAACACAGGCCUAGCAAUUGUGCUUGAGAAUUGUAAUUAUAUGCAAUACAAUAAUGGCCUAGAAAGUCCUGUCCCUUCUACAGUAAGAUGUUGACUUGCAUUUUUAGUGCUGCAUUUGCCUCUUUUUUUUUAAAAAUUGAAAGCUGUAAUUUGAAGCAAAACUAAUAUUCAGUAGCAAAGAGCUUCUGCUGUUACCUCUUGAGUACAGUAUGGGGUACAGCUGAUAGAGGGCUGUUCUUACCCUGGCACAUGCUUUCAGAUGCUCAUCUUGUGGGACUUUCAUGUAUAGCCAGACCCAUACACUGGAACUGCUGUAUUCUAGACCUCUUACAAAUCAGAGAGAAAAGGAUUAGUUCAGUAAGACUUUGUUUAGUUUUCAGUAAAGAACAGUUCACACAUGGCUCUUGCAGGUUUCAAGACAGCCAGGUAAGUGACAAAAAGUGACACAAAGUGGUGAAGUUCUAGAACAGAAUAGUUGUAGCAAGAUGAUUUUGUCCAUUCAAGUUUACUGAUUACACAGAUGAAGUAUCUCCACUUUAAUUCUGCAAAGUAUGCAGGGUAAAGGGCAAACUUCAGAAUUAUGGAAAAGUGUAAAUCAAAGGUCUGAUUUCUCUUUCAGCAGCUGUAAGAGAAAGCCAGUGAAAAAUAACUGGUCGUUAGUCACAGAUGCUUCACACUGCUGCCACUAAAAAUCAGCAUCUUUAAUUUAAAUGGAUAGGUGUUUGCAAGUUAGUGCAAUAGUAAAGUGCAGAAAGUGUUUUCCAUUCUCCUCUUCUCUUUAGAUGUGGGUAUCUAAUAAGUUGUUCAAGUAUAGAAAAAUAUUCCAUUUGAUUUUUCUUUUUGUAGAUCAUGUGGGGGAAGAAGUCUUUAUUUACAAUAGAUUUCAAUAAAAUUUGCAUAAAUACCUACCCAA